CCUUCUGUGCAGGGGCACUAGAAGGACACUUAUUUCCUAUACUAUGGUGCUUAACUGCUGACUUUUGGCUUUACCUUUAGAUUUUUUGUUCCUCCUGGAUUCUGCAAAACGUGUUGAACAGGCAAAAUGGAUUUCUCCAAGCUACCCAAAAUCCGUGAUGAGGACAGAGAGGCUUUUGUUGGCUAUGUCCAUGGUGUCUCAGGACCAGUGGUUACGGCUUGUAACAUGGCAGGUGCUGCUAUGUAUGAACUGGUGCGAGUAGGCCACAGUGAACUGGUGGGGGAAAUUAUCCGUCUGGAAGGUGAUCUGGCAACUGUCCAGGUAUAUGAAGAAACAUCUGGUGUCUCUGUAGGAGAUCCUGUACUCCGUACAGGCAAACCCCUGUCAGUGGAACUAGGGCCUGGCAUUAUGGGAGCUAUAUUUGAUGGUAUCCAGAGGCCUCUAUCGGACAUCAGCACUCUGACCAAAAGUAUCUAUAUCCCUAGAGGUGUCAAUGUGUCAGCUUUGAGCCGAGAUGUCAAAUGGGACUUCACACCUUCCAAAAACUUACGGAUUGGCAGCCACAUCACUGGUGGAGAUAUUUAUGGUGUGGUGAAUGAAAACUCACUCAUCAAACACAAAAUUAUGUUGCCCCCACGGAACAGGGGUACAGUUACAUACAUUGCUCCACCAGGGAACUACGACACCUCAGAUGUUGUCUUAGAGCUGGAGUUUGAAGGUGUAAAGGAGAAGUUCACUAUGGUUCAGGUCUGGCCUGUACGCCAAGUCCGUCCCGUUACUGAAAAGUUACCAGCCAAUCAUCCUUUGUUAACUGGCCAGCGGGUCCUGGAUGCACUCUUCCCGUGUGUACAAGGGGGUACUACUGCUAUUCCUGGGGCCUUCGGCUGUGGGAAGACUGUAAUCUCGCAGUCACUCUCAAAAUACUCCAACAGCGAUGUCAUCAUUUACGUAGGCUGUGGAGAGCGAGGAAAUGAAAUGUCGGAAGUACUGAGAGAUUUCCCUGAGCUGACAAUGGAGGUUGAUGGUAAGGUAGAAAGCAUCAUGAAGAGGACAGCUCUGGUAGCAAAUACCUCCAACAUGCCAGUGGCUGCCAGAGAGGCCUCUAUCUAUACUGGAAUCACAUUGUCCGAGUAUUUCCGGGACAUGGGCUACCAUGUCAGUAUGAUGGCAGAUUCAACUUCCCGAUGGGCUGAGGCCCUCAGAGAAAUCUCAGGGCGAUUGGCUGAAAUGCCAGCUGACAGUGGUUAUCCAGCCUACCUUGGUGCCCGUCUGGCUUCUUUCUAUGAGCGAGCUGGCAGAGUGAAGUGUCUCGGAAAUCCCGAAAGGGAAGGCAGUGUCAGCAUUGUGGGAGCUGUCUCUCCUCCAGGUGGUGACUUCUCUGAUCCUGUCACAUCUGCUACUUUGGGCAUCGUUCAGGUUUUCUGGGGCCUGGAUAAGAAGCUGGCACAACGCAAGCACUUUCCCUCUGUCAACUGGCUGAUCAGCUACAGCAAAUACACACGUGCUCUGGAUGAGUACUAUGACAAACAUUUUACAGAGUUUGUGCCCCUCAGGACAAAGGCCAAAGAGAUCUUACAGGAAGAAGAGGACCUUGCAGAGAUUGUGCAGCUUGUGGGGAAGGCUUCCUUGGCAGAAACAGAUAAAAUCACCUUAGAAGUUGCAAAGCUGAUAAAAGAUGACUUCUUGCAACAGAAUGGUUAUACGCCUUAUGACAGAUUCUGCCCUUUCUAUAAAACAGUGGGAAUGCUUUCCAAUAUGAUUGCUUUUUACGACAUGGCCCGCCGUGCUGUAGAAACUACAGCCCAGAGUGACAAUAAGAUCACAUGGUCUAUCAUUCGAGAGAAUAUGAGUGAAAUCCUCUACAGGCUCACGUCCAUGAAAUUCAAGGACCCUGUCAAAGACGGUGAAGCAAAAAUCAAGGCAGACUAUGCUCAGCUGUUUGAGGAUAUGCAGAAUGCAUUUCGCAGUCUGGAAGACUAGACUCUGCCUCUCUGACCACUCCAGUUUGUCCUCUGAAUUUUUCAUCUCAACUCCUCAGCUUCCCUACCUUGCCGGAGUGAUGCAACAGUACUUGAGUUAAAAUAGUCCUAUGUUUCCCUGAUCAUACUUCUUGUCUUUACAAAACAUUCCUUUUAGUUUGUGUUUGGCCUUGCUUCAUGUGUCUGAAAUGGUGAGUGAAGUGUGAAUGAGCCUGGCUGAAUGUUGUAUGCUUCUAGGGUGGGAAACACUUCACCUUGCCCUCUCUUGGUGAUGAGGCUCUUACCUUGAAAAGAAAACAGUUCAGCUGUACUGGCAGAGGAGAUAUAGGCUUUAAUGCAGUCAUGCAGUACACUUUGAGCUGGUGAGAGUAAGGGCAUUUAGGUCUAGCACUUUUGCUAAGUGACUAUCAUGACUUAAACUCUCUAUUCCUCAACUUUUUUUUUACCAUAUUUUAUGAUGUGUGGGUAUAAGCAAAAGUAACAUAAAUUUCUCACUACACUGUCCCUUCCACAACUUCAGGUUGAGGUUGUUGGUGUUAUAAUGUGGUAGUUCUGGAUUAUGAACAAGAAGAGACUCACUAGAAGAUGAGCAUACAAGCAGCCAGUAUGCUUCUGUAUGCUGCAGAAACAGAAUUUUAUUUUCCUACUUUAUAAUUAGAUAGGACUCUUGGACUCUGCAACAGCUAAAAUGAAAACCAUAGCUGCUCAGCUUUCAGCAGACUUUGUUUCCUUCUUUACCUCCAAUUUGCCACAUAAAAUUUCAUGUCGGCCACUUUAGUAUGUGAAGUUCGUUACAGCUGCUCUAUACUACAGGACAUAAGAAGCUGUGGUAAUUCCCCUUAACGUGGACCAGGAAUAAGGUCCUAAAUGAUGGUGAUGAUUGUUUACCAAUACACUUGCCUUCCUAUGUGAUGUCCUUUUUCAAAAAGGAUGCACGUGCUUAACCCUUCUCCUCUACCAUACUAGCAUACACAACUUGUCUGGCUGUGGCCACAACAUGCCUUCAGUCCUUGUAUACAAGGAAUGUAUGAUGCUAAAUUGCUGCAGAAGGGGAGGAGAAGACUGAGGAGUACAGAAUGGAUUUACUUUUCACUUGUCGGUUGUGAUACCAGGGGACCUCCUGCACUGUGCUCCAGAAGCACUGUUAGGCACCAGCACCUGUUUUUUGUUGGGAAUGUUUAUUGGCAAAACUAGUAUGAGAUGAGGAAUAAGCAUAGAGCAGCUUUUCUGUCAAACUUUAAGAGCCAGCAAUCAUCACUGCUGCAUAAGGAUAGAGAUUAAAGGUGUUGGUAUCCUACCCAGUCUUUGAUUUGACUCUCACUUGUGUUUCAGAUGACAUUUAAUGUUUUUGUCAUGCAUUCUUUCUUCAGCUUGGUUCCAGCUGACAUCUAUUAAAUUGUUAUGGUCAUGAAACAGAAACUGUUGUAGAUGAUACUGUUGUAGUGGCAUGGUUACACAAGUGUUAAUUCUGCAUUGAAGUAUUUCCACUGAGCUGCCCGCUUUGAACAGUAAUGUUGCAACAGGCUCUCUAAACUCUGGACCACAAUCAACUCACUAUCAGAAAGAGCUCCAUUGAAAUGUUAACUUAUUGAAUAUUUUUGGUUCUCUCCAUCGAGAUGUGACUACUCCAGCUAAUAUUCUGGUAGUGAAUGAUUCAGUUUACAGUUCACAAAACUUUCAGUGUAUGCUGCUUUAACGAUGAUCAUGUGUGAAUGAGU